UGUAGUAUUUUGUGGGUCAUUUAAGUUUUGUUUUUGUUUUAAGUUGUAAUGGCUAUUCCCAAAUCAUUUGAAACGUGCAAUGAUUAUAUACAGGAAAUGUUAUUAUUUUUAGAAAAAUAUCAAUGGCUUUACAACUACCGUAACACCCAUAUUUUGGUCGAAAAACAGUUUUCCAUCAUUGCAAUUCCUUGGAAAGAUUAUAUUUUAAAUCUAUCACAGGAGGAUUUACAAAAUAUCUUUAUGGGAAAAUUUGAUCAUAAAGUCCCAUCUUCUUUAAUACAUUUUUUGAAAUCCUUAGAAGCAUUUGAACCAGAAUUAAAACUAUCAACUGUAAAGCUUGAUUUUGUGUGUCCACAUAAUUCUGGAUUAAGCAAAAAGAAAAUUCAUGAAAUUCAAUCCCUGGCUCCUUUGAUUGAACAGACUUGUCAAGCAUAUCAAUGUGACUUAAUUGUUGACAUAGGUAGCGGUCUAGGAUAUCUUUCUCACUUCCUUUAUAGCAAAUAUAAUUAUAAAGUGUUGGGUCUUGAAGCUUCUGAGGAGUUCCUACAUGCAGCCUAUAGACAUCAGGAAAAAUACCAUCCAGCAUCGAGAGGUUGUGUCAAAUUUUGCAGAAUCUAUAUCAAAGAUGAUUCCUGUGAAGAUGUAGAAAGACUGAUAGAAGAGCAUUUCAAUAAGGCAGAAAAUAUUUGUAUAACAGGUUUACAUGCAUGUGCUGACUUAAGUAUAGACAUUUUACAUUUAUUUGCUAAAAUGAAAUCAGCAAAAGCAUUAGUGGUUAUGCCAUGUUGUUAUCAUCGUAUACAGUGCAAGGUAGAAUCUAACAGAUGUGAAUAUUUCAAAAAUUUUCCAUCAAGCCUAGUCUUUAAGGAGGAAUUUCAUAAACAUGAAUUUUAUAGAUUCAUAAGAAGACCUUUUCUCCGAUUAGCUUGCCAAAGGCGAAAUUUUAAUAUUUUCAACUUAUCCGAAGAAGAAAGUAAUUGUCAGGCUAGAUCCUGGAUGUUUAGAGCUAUAUUUCAGGCAGUUGUGGAAGAAGAAAAAUAUUGCAUCAGGGUUAAGAGUAGCUUAGAAAAAUUAAAAUCUGUUUCCAAUGACGACGAUGCGUUCCUUGAAUAUGUAUGUACUUUACAAAAUAAAUUUGUGUUCGAACAAGCUGGUUCCAUUUGUAAUGCAGAGGUUUUUACGGAAAAAAUGUGGAAAAAAUAUUUGGAAAAUCAAAAUAAUUUGAUUUUAUUUAAAUUCCUAAUGGCAUUUCAGGCCAGAAUUCAGAAUAUGUGUGAAAAUUUUGUUUUGAUGGAUAGAGUUCAAUUGUUAAAGCAAAAUGGAUUAACUUGCGAUAUAAGAAAAGUGACAGAUGAUUUUGUGUCACCAAGAUGUUUUGCGUUAGUAUGUGUUAGGUAAUUUCAUCUGCUUGUAAAAUUGUAUCAAAAUUGUACAAUAGCAAACAAUCUCAUUGAUUCAACUAUAUAUGAUCCGCUCCGAGAAAUAGUGUGGUAAGCAGGGUUUAUUUUUAGUUUAGUUUAGCUUUAGUUAUUAGCCUGUUUUACUUGCCUAUAUAGUGGUUUAUGAUUUUUUCGAUACUUAUUUCAGGAGACUUAUAUAAAUCUUAAAUGCUCUGUAAGAGGUUGCAUUUUCAAAAAAAAAAAAUUGGUUAAAUAUUGAAAUAAUAUAUCAAAAUUGUUCUUUUUAUUCAUCCUUCUGAAAGUUUUCCUGUUGAUUAUUUCAUGUUGUUAUGUUAUGUCCAAGUUGUCUGUAUUACAAUAAUUAUAAUAUUUAAAUUAAAAAUAAAUCAACUUUUAUAGUUAUUAGGCUGUUUGAAGAUACAUAUAAUAAUAAUGUCACAGCAGAAUUUCUGCCGAUAGACUGCUAUACUUUUUAUACUACUGUUGUAAGUGAUACUAUGUCCAUGAAAAUUUUGGAGCGCUGACAACUGAUGUAGCUAAACACAGUGCCCAGUAUAAUAUUACUAUUGCUGUUACGUUGUUAAAUAAAACAA